UCAGCAAAAAAGGCGUCACAAUGCAAUUUAUGGUACCUGUUGUUACAUGCAAAGUGGGAACCUCCUAGAAAAAUCUUAACAGAAAGGGUUGUAUAUCCAUUUUCUGACUCCGAGCUAAUAAAAUCAAGGUUGUCUGCUUUCAUUCAAAGGGAGCUGCUCGCCCACUAUCCUCGUCUUCUAUUGUUCCUCUACUACUCUUGCCUCCCACUUCAUACAUCCUUCACACCUCCAAGCCACCAUACAAGCUAUAGUUCAAUUGCAAUAGUGUCAUGCUGUGCAUUGCCAUCCUCGCCUCUCAACUUCCGCAAACUGAAUCCUGAGUUUGAUAUCAUAUAUCAGUAGCAACAGCAGCGCAACACCACGAGCAUCCAAAGUCUGAACUUGAUCUCCAGUAUAGGCGCAUCUGCCUGCCUGUCGACACUAUCUCAGCAGAGAACGAGUCACCAUGCCUGGCCGUCUCCUUUCUAGUUUUGUUCGGCCCGCUGCUCUACAUUCCUCUCUCCUCUCACACUCGAAUUCCUCCUCAACCUCAUCCGUCAACGAGAUUACGACCACUACCGUGGCUCCCAAGAAGCCCCACGCGCACACUGAUCGAGCGAGGUCUCCAGAGCGUCGUCUGUCUUUUAACAUGGACCACCUGAUUCAUCCUCACAGAGACCACAGCAAGGACAAGAAGCGCAGUCAUGGCAGAUCAGCGCGCUCAAAGGAGCGUUCCGGUAAGGAGGAUAUCACCGCCGCUGCCGCCAAGCUGGACGUCAUUGUCGAAUCUCCACCCCUUGUCUGCUACGGAACCCCUGCAAACUCGACCGGCGCGUUAUUCUCUGGACGUUUGAGGAUCACAGUCUCAGAGCAGGCCAACACAGUCACCCUGAACAAGUUCGAUAUGAAGCUGUUCACCAAGGUUACUACCAAGAAGCCUGUGUCGCGGGAAUGCCCCAACUGCGCAUCACGGACCGAGGAAUUGACCAGCUGGAACUUCCUCACAGAAUCGCUCACCCUCAAGCACGGAGUGCAUGAUUUCCCCUUUAGCUAUCUGUUCCCCGGUCACUUGCCUGCGUCGUGCAAUGGGUCGCUGGGUCAGGUUGAGUACUACCUUUCUGCACGCGCGCACAACACCAGCGGCGAGGAGUACACCUACAGAAUGCCAUUGCAUAUCAAGCGCGCCAUACUCCCGGGCAACGACAAGUCAUCCAUCCGCAUCUUCCCGCCGACAAACCUCACCGGCCGCAUCGUGCUUCCGUCUGUCGUUCAUCCCAUUGGGACAUUCCCAGUUCAGAUGACAUUGAGUGGGGUCGUGGAUAAGGGCGAAGAGACCCAAACUCGUUGGCGUUUGCGCAAAAUGAUGUGGCGCAUUGAAGAACAUCAGAAGGUUGUCUCGACAGCCUGCCCCAAGCACGCUCACAAGAUCGGUGGCGAAGGGAAGGGUGUCCUGCACCAAGAGACUCGCAUUAUCGGCCACAACGAAGAAAAGGACGGUUGGAAGACGGAUUUCGACACCGCAGGCGGCGAGAUCAGCAUGCAGUUCGAAGCCAGCAUCAACCCUACCUGCAACCCAGUGUGUGACCUGGAGGUUCCCAAUGGCCUCGAGGUCAAGCACAACCUCGUGAUUGAGUUGAUCGUCGCCGAGGAGUUCUGCCCCAACCGCAACACACGCUCGAUCACACCUACUGGCGCCGCACGGGUGCUCCGUAUGCAGUUCCACUUGCACGUCACUGAAAGAAGCGGGCUAGGCAUCAGCUGGGAUGAGGAGAUGCCUCCUGUGUACGAGGACGUGCCAGCGAGCCCUCCUGGAUACACUAUGCUCGAUGGUAAUAGCAUCAUGGAGGACUAUCGUGGAUCUCCUCUGUCCCUCCCCGACUAUGAAGAACUGGAACGGAUGGAGUCUCUGCAUCUGGACAGCGACUCAGCUGGCUCUGUGCGCGGGCGGAGUCGACUCACCACCGAAGACCUGACCGCGGAGCCAAUGGAAUCAGGAAGCCGAAGCCGCGGACUAUCUGCUGAUUCCCGUGCAUCUGAACAUUGAACCAUUUGUCGUCCUGCUAUUCUCAUGGAUCCAUUAUCGGUCCAUUCACCCUCAUGACGUUACGAACACUUAUGAACGGAAUGAUUUACUUGAUUCCUUCAUGAAGGAAAAGGGCAAACCAAUACAAUACAACGGGGAAAGGAGUUUCGAGCAAUAUUUGCGUUAUGACGCUUUUUCUUAUAUCUUAAUGGCCCUAUGUGGCAUGCCUACUACUGGUGGUUUUGGCAACAAAAAAAAGAGUUUCAUCGAUGGAUUCCCAUGAUACCCACGUCUGAUUUGGCGUUUCCUUUUUUCUAUGUCUUUUUUUAACAAUCAUGACGACCACGU